AUGUCGAGUGUGGAACCGCGAUCCAAGACCGACAUAUACCUCGGUUUCUUUGAGCGAAACCCGGUACCCACAGGGGACAGGAAUAUGAAGAUAUGGACGAAGACAUGGAUGUGGGCCACGGACGUGUAUGGCAAGGGAUGCUCAAGAGAGGAACGAAGACUCGAGAAUGCGAGGGUGAAAAUCGCUUUCGACGACAAAAUCAUGCGGCCUUUUGCAGAAAGAGGAAGCCCGGAAUUCUUCGCCUGGCUUAGGGCGACAUACCCAGCCGCGGCGAAACUGUUUGAGCGAUGGAAAGCUAGGACGAUGCAAGACGCAGGGAAGGGGAUACCGAGCGGCCAAAGUCCUGAGGGGUUGGCACAGACGAAAACGAACGGCGAAGCCGUCCAAGAAGGGGUCCCAGUGUGA